AUGUCUGCCGUCGACAACCUCGCCGACUCCGUGGCUAACACCACCAUCAACGACACCCCCACCACUAACGGCACCGCUGCGACCACUCAGGCCACCGACGCCGCGGCCGCCAGCGCCGAUGAGGGUCGUCGUCUGUACAUCGGGAACCUCGCUUAUGCGACCACCGAGGAGGAGCUCAAGGAGUUCUUCAAGGGUUACGCCAUCGAGAGUACCUCGAUCCCGGUGAACCCACGCACCAACCGUCCCGUCGGCUACGCGUUUGUUGACCUCGCCACCGCCGCCGAAGCGACUACCGCCAUCGAAGGUCUGUCCGGCAAGGAGAUCCUUUCGCGCAAGGUCUCCGUGCAGCUCGCUCGCAAGCCGGAGCCCGUCGAGGCCAAGGAGGGCGCUGCUAGUGGUGGCGAGGGUGCCAGCGGCAACGAGGGCCGCAAGCGUACCGGUGGUCGGGGCCGUGGCCGCGGUCGAGCUCGCGGCCGUGGUGGCCGACUUGGACGCGGUCGUGGUGCUCAGGAUGGUCAGGAUACCACCGACGCCCCCGCCGCUAACCAAGCCGCCCCCGCCGAAACUACUGCGGCUACCGCCAACGAGACCGAGUCCGCUACCGCCGACGGCGCCAAGCAGGGUAAGGCCCGAGCUGCGCGCCAGCCGAACCAGAAGCAGCGUGGACCACCCGAGGACGGUAUUCCCUCCAAGACCAAGGUUAUGGUGGCCAACCUUCCCUACGACCUUACCGAGGACAAGCUGAAGGAGAUCUUCGUUGAAUACUCCCCCGUCUCGGCCAAGGUCGCUCUGCGUCCCAUUCCUCGUUUCAUGAUUAAGAAGCUCCAAGCUCGCAACGAGCGUCGCAAGACCCGCGGCUUCGGCUUUGUUAACCUGGCCUCUGAGGAGCUCCAGGCCAAGGCCGUUUCCGAGAUGAACGGCAAGGAGAUCGACGGUCGCACCAUCGCCGUGAAGGUUGCUAUUGACAGCCCCGGCAAGGAGGACGACGUCAAUGCCGCGGCCGACAAGUAUGAGGAGACCAACCCUUCUGCUGAGGACAACGCUGCUCCCGCCGCUGCCCCCGCCGCGGCUGCUCCCGUCGAGAGCACUGCUUAA